AGCCAAAGAUGUCGGCUCGGUCAUGUGAUCAGCUGUGUCCAAUCACAGCUGAUCGCAUGGGACAUGUACACAGAUCAUCACAGCACUGAUGAUCAGUGUGCCCUGAUGAUCUGUGUAGCCCCAGCAGCGCCACAUCAGUGCCACAUUUCAGUGCCCAUCUGAGCUGCCUUUCAGUGUCACCCAUCAAUGCCAGUCAGUGCCACCUAUCAGUGCUGCCAAUCAGUGCCACCUAUCAGUGUCAGUCAAUUCCGCCUAUCAGUGUGCAUCAGUGCUGUCUAUCAGUGCCGCCUAUCAGUGCCAUAUAUGAGUGCUGCCUUUCAGUGCCCAUCAGUGAUGCCUGUCAAUGCCCAUCAGUGCCACCUAUCAGUGCCUCCUCAUCAGUGCCACCUAUCAGUGUCCAUCAGUGCAGCCUAUCAGUGCCCAUCACUGCAGCCUCAUUAGCGCACAUCAGUG